AUGUCUCCCUUCUCGCUGGAGCUGGAAAAAGGGGAGCCUGUGCAAAUCCGCUGCCUGGAGGCCCCCAGCCCCCCCGAAUCGGGCUUCCGGUACCCGGAGAAGACGCGGCUGUUGUCCUCAGCCCGGUGGGGAAUGCGCUCCCUCCGGCUUUGUAGCCCCCACCGACCCCCGCGGCGGCCUCGCCUUCGGCUGCCGCGCCGGUGGAGGGGGCUGAGGUUGAGAGUCACCAAGCGGAACCAUCAUCGGAGCCGCCCGCGGCAGCCACCGCGGCGCCUGCGAUCAGCCUGGAUUCCCCCCCGAGCUUUUUGGGCUGUCCCGAGGCUGCCCCUGCGGGGGGAGCUGAGACAAGGGAAGGGGAUUCCGGCCUGCCCCUCCGUUGCGGGGUGUGGCUCGACAGCUGAUUGCAGGCUCAGCCCGUCUGCUUGCCUUCAAACUCAGUGUUUUUCGCAGGUCGACCCGGGUUUGGUCCGGGGGUUCCCGCUGGGGGUUGGAAUGCCUGACUCCCCCUGCGUGCCCCAGCGGCGUGGGGGAGCCCCCUGGCAAGGGUCCCAGGUAACUCCAGACUCCCAGAGGGAUGUCCUGAGUUCCGACAAAAGCACUGGGAGCAAGCUUCAAGUAAAAACCAGCCUGAAAAGCAUCAAUUUCCUUGCACUGCACAACAAACUAGGUUUGGCCUCUGAUAACCAGGACAGUGACUCUGGGAGCAGCGGCAGAGAACAGUCCAGCUCUGAGCACGACCAGCUCAGGAAACAUGAGGAACAUGGGAACACGGAGAACCAACACCUCCCAGGCCACGCAGAACACCCAGUGGGUGCUUUCAGCUUUCAUCAUGAGCAUAACAUGUGGAAAUAUAACAAAAAUGCUGUUGGCCUGUCCAAAAAAACCAGUGAAAGCGAUGAUGAGGAAAGCAUGGAAGAAGAGGAUGAGAAAUGGGGUGAAGAAACUGAUUACAGAGACACAAAACACAAAGACCAUCAGACAUGUCAAGGUGACCUAUACAAAAGACAGCAACAUGAGAACAGCAUGCAAUUAGAUGAACUCCUGAGAGAUUCCAGCCACUUAACCUGGAAAAACAAGAGACACAGCAAGAAAUUUGACCUAGAGGAAGAACAGAGGGAGAACAGGAAGAAGUCCUAUAAAGAAGAAAUCCCCCUCUCUCAAAAAACCCGUAAUGAAUAUCAGGAUGGCAAACAGCAAAGUCAAGAGAGAAAAUACCCCAUUCAACUAAACUAUCAGAGUGAUCAUGACACAGUGGUGAAAAUACAAGAUAGGGAAGACAGUAAUGAUGAUGACAGUCAUGACAGUGGUGACAUUGAUGGUGAGGAGUAUCUCAGCAGUACCUGGAAAGAAACAGCCAGUGAAGAAGAGGAGAGAACCCAGAGUAAUGACCAGGAGAGGACCAGUACCAAGCCUGAAGGGGAAGGAACCACUGAAGAUGACACUGCAGUUCAUAGAGAGACUGAGGAUUACCAAAUUGUCAAGAUUAAAGACCUUGCUCACUCUGAACAAGAUUAUUAUGAUCACGAGCCACCCAAUUCUGACAACAAGCAACAACUGAAAAUGAGUAGCUCCACUGAGAACAUGAAUUCAAUGGACAGUGAAGAUAAGGUAAAUUAUCUUUAAAAUAAAACUUGAGUACUACAAAAAGAGGGAGACGGACCAAUUCUAAAUUUAAAUUCCUGAUUAUUGAAAUGACCUGUUGGAGAAAAACAGGUGACUUCUUAAUAUGCAGAAGUCUCAUCUCUCCAUACUCAUCAUUCCUCUGGUUCAUGCUGUGUCACUGAACCCAGAGCACUUAGGUGAAUUGGACCAGAAAGGAAGUGAACACCAUUCACAUAAGAGCUCCAGACCCAGUGGGGUAUGUAGUGAAACACACAAAUAAACACAGAUACACACAUGCAAAACCUGAAACCCAGUCUCAAGUUUACUAGGCUAGCCUGUUCACUCAUCUCUCACAAAGAUUUUAAAUGCUACUACACAAAAGUGAACAGCUUGAAAAGGCAGGACUAGAGUUAAUAGAGUUAAUAAGAAACUCAGGCCUUACUGAGCUCCCAUUUUUCUCUCUCUCUUUCCAUCUCCUACUCUAUUUUUUUCCCCAAAUAACAAGAGCAUGGUAAUACUACCAGAGGCUUUAUGCUCUUCUCACAGAUUUUGCAUAGCAAAACAGAGCAAACUGUGCCUUAGUCAGCUCUGUAUUUGGAUCUGAAAAAAAAUUAGGCCAAGUAUUUUUUACUUCCCAAGAUUUACUGCUUAUGCCUCUGUGACUGUGCAGGUUAAGACUACAGACAGUUCCCAUGGUGAGAUGGAAAGUGUCAGCAACAGGAAUGAGCAGGCUCUCCUUGGUAAGCCCCAAGCAAAGCUGUCAUGUAACUCCCAACUCUCUGCCGCUGAGGAACCUGCUGGUCUGCAUUUCUUUUCUGCCAUUUGCAGCACAGCAUUUCAUGGACUGAACUGUGCUUGUGCCUAAUCCUGUGUUCCCAGAGCAUCCCUUCCACACUCCCUUGGAUUUAGUAAUUCAUUAGUGAGAAACAUUUGUAGGCAGUGCACAAAUUUUUAUGU